AUGCUCUUCUGCCCAAAUUGUGCGAAUCUACUCGUUAUCUCCGCAGAGACAGGAUACAACAAAUGGGCAUGUAACUCAUGUGCAUACGAAUUCCCGAUUACCAAGCAGAUGACCUCACGCACGAAACUCAAGAGGAAGGGGGUAGACGAUGUCCUAGGAGGCGAGGAAAUGUGGCAGCAUGCUGACUCCACUGCUGCAACUUGCCCCAAGUGUGAUUUUGGUCGUGCAUACUUUUAUCAGCUCCAAAUCAGAUCUGCUGAUGAGCCCAUGACGACUUGUACGUGA